GAGUUAGCAAACAUGCAGGAGCAGGGCGAGCCGAUAUCUGUUCACCAGCUGAUCGUCCACCCAGACAGAGAGGGGAGGGGAGGGGAGCAGAGAGAGGAGUGACUACUGAUGCUCCAGUAAUCUGCACAGUGUGAGUCAGUGCUGUGGAGAGCAAAGCAGCAACAGAAACAGCAGCAGCAGCGUGAGACACGUUUUCCUCUCACAAGCGCCAACAGAGCAGAAGAGCAGGAUGGGAAAGCAGAGCGGCUGAGCAAGAGGAGGAAGUGAGCAAGCCAUAUAGAAAGCAAGAGGGGUAGAAGCUGACAUUAGAAGGGAGAGAGGCAAGAAGACAGAUCGACAGCUCCUUUUUAAAAGUCUCCUUUUUAGAGCAGAAAGGACUGUGGAAUAUCACUGAACCUGACUGACAGCCGUGACAAUCUAAACAAAUCCAGAGGAAGAGGAAGUUUACCAUUAAAUCUUUGAGGUGGCAGCAGGUUCAAGACUUGUCGUGGUGCAGGGAUGUCCUGGUUGUCUCCGGUCCAGUGGGCCAAAUGGACAUGGUCAGCAGUGACUGGGGUUGCGGGGGACGAGGGGCAGCCCAGAUCCAAGGAUGGCGAAGAGGACAAUUCAGACUCAGAGGGGACCUUUGAGACUCCAGAGGCAGAAUCUCCAGGUGUGGUGAAGCUGCUGAGCCAACUGGACAACCACAAAGUUCUUCCUGAUGUUACAAACCACAUUCUGGACAAGAACUCCAACCAGGAUGUCAGCCCAGUUUCAUCCCAAGACGUUGAUUCCCUGAACAACCUCACUGGCUGCUUACCUAACGACCGCAGCUUUGGUUUGGACCAGAACCUCAACCUGACCCUCAGCAGUAGCAAAUCCAGCCCUGGAGAGGGCCUCUCACCAUCCAGCCCUCUGCCUCAAGCCCUCAGGCCGCCAACACUGUCCGUCCUCUCCCCACUAAACAAGCCCGAUCCCUCAGAGGUGGACGACGAGGCUCCGGUGACGUCUGACUCCAGCCCGGAUUCAAACUUGAUCCCCAGUCAUGACAUUUGUGUGGAUCCUGACUUGCUUAAUGGCAACAUGAACUCCAACUCACCAAACACAAAACUGACCUGUGAGAGCAACGGCGCAAUUAUCACGAACUCCUGUAAAGCAAAGCAGAACCAGCUGAUGCAAAAGGACUUCAGCGGACAGGAUGACCAUCAUGGAGACCACGCCACAGACGAGGAGAAGUUGGCGAGCAGUGUCGGUGUCAAACCAGACAAGGACCAAAGCAUUCAAGACUGCCAUGUGAAUUCAAAACCUAAGGACUCUGACUGCUGCUCUGUGCAGUUCGAUGACCCAUGCAAGCUGAAGAAGAAGUCGGAGGGAAGUGAGAUGCAGAAAACAGGAAGUCAGGUCCUGGAUUCCAUCUGCAUCAGUGAGGCAGAAAAACAGGCCGUUCUCAGCCUCAUUAAAGAGGAGAUCAUCACUAAGGAGGUGGAAGCCAGUGACUGGAAGAAAAAGUUUGAGGACAGCAAACAAGAAGUCACUGAGAUGAGGAAGAUUGUUGCAGAAUAUGAGAAGACAAUCGCUCAGAUGAUCGAGGACGAGCAGCGCAACAACUCAAGUGCCCAGAAGGCUUUGCACGCUGUGACAAUGGAGAAAGACGCAGCCCUGGCAGACCUGAACUCAGUGGAGCGCUCUCUCUCUGACGUGUUUCGGCGUUAUGAAAAUAUGAAGAGCACGCUGGACGGCUUUAAAAAAAAUGAAGAGGUGCUGAAGAAGUGUGCUCAGGAGUAUUUGGCCAGAGUCAAGCAGGAGGAGCAGCGAUACCAGACUCUUAAAGUCCACGCUGAGGAGAAACUAGACAAGGCCAAUGAGGAGAUCGCUCAGGUGCGUGCAAAGGCAAGCUCAGAGAACAUGGCAUUGACCGCCAGUUUGAGGAAGGAGCAGAUGAGGAACGAGUCUCUAGAGCAAGCGCUGCUGCAGAAGAAUCAAGAAAUAGAGGAACUCACCAAGAUCUGUGAUGAGCUGAUUGCCAAAAUGGGAAAAAUAGACUGAGAGACACUCCCUGUGAAUUGGCCACUGCCGUCCCUGCGGUCCUGCCUAACAGUGACGCCCUGUGCAUGUCCCCAGCCGAGAAGCAGCUCUCGUACCCUCUGCCAGCCUUGCGUAACAUAGACUGUCUAUGUAAAGAUGUCUAAAGUAACUUUCUAUAUACUAAAAUUGCACUACUUGUGACCUGAAUCAAGAAGGUUCUGUACAUGCUAAUUAUAGUUUAAUCUCGGACUGUGUUAUAUGUAUGUGGUCACAUUGUUUUGUUUGCAUUUUUGCCCAUCAUGAUGCCAUCUGGACCUCUUGUGCUUCAGCCCAUCAUGCCAGUGAGCAAACACCCGCUUGUGACUCAACUUAAAUUCCCAUCAGCUUAACAUCUAAAUUCCCAGCAGCUCCUCCAACAGGAUGACAUCAUGCAGGCGGGGGUUGUUUUGGAGUUACAUUUAGGCGCACAGAAUAUUUUGACGGGCUUUGACAAGGAUUGUUUUAUGUUAAAGCAACAAUCUGUGAAAUGUAUUUUUGUAUAAAGUAAACAAGGAUUUUCUCUGAAAGAGCAAAGCUCAGGGGUAUUGUGUGGGGCAGAAUGAGGUCAGGGUUAAAAUCAGGCUGCACAAGAACUGGAGGAAAGGAUGUAGGAUUGUUUGAGGACAUACGGUAGUCCUCAGAGGCCUUGGUUUGUUCAGGAGUGACACUGAAGACAGAAAGAAUCUGGACCACAUGUCAGUGAAACUAGUGCUGCAAAUAAUUCACAGCAUUUACUUUACCUGGAUUCUGGACACAGUGUUUAUCAGUCACAGAGAAGUAACACAACCUGACAAUCAUAGACUUUCCUUUGAUUAUAUAAACUUUGUGGAAUUAUCUUCUCUGAUCCAUAAAGUCGCUAAAAUGGAAAACUUAAAUGAACUCCACCACUAAAUGAUCCCGUGUCAAGAAUCCUGAACAACUGGAAAACUUUAAACAAAAUGACUCUAUUUUUGUUGAAGAUAUUUAAAACUAUUAUAAGAGUAGCAAGUGUUGCAAUAUGUCAACAUUAUUUUUCUUUUUAAACCAACACUGUGUCACAGAUUGAGUGUCCACUAAUCACAUUUACCUCCUACCAUGAAGGAAACUAAGUUUGACAGCAUUGUAAGAAGUUUCUUUAGUGUAAUGAAGAUGUGAGCUCUCAUGCCUGUAUUUACAGCACUGCACCGGUUUACACAGCAACAGAUAUAUCUGUUUCUUUGCAUGAUUAUUUUCAUAGCUUUUUUUCUCAGAGUGCAGAUUGUUUUCGUAACACAUCAGUAAAACUAGUUGUGUUGUGAUGAAUUUGGGGACUGUGAG